AUGCCUCCACCGACAAGGUACAAUCCCGAAUCCCCCGACGAGUGCAGCGCACCGGCCCUCCCAUCAGCCGCAAGGGUCCGUGUCUCGCGGCACACCAUCCUCCAGCCGCCCCUCUCUCGCCGCGGCACCGGCCCCGGCCUCAUCAUCGUCCAGCACGCCAUCGACGUCCUCACGGACGCUGUCAAGGCGACCGACUCGCUGUCGCUGGAUCCGGAGCCUGUCCAGAAAUGGGCCGAGGAAGGCUUUGCGGUCGCAGCCGUCACGCUCCCCCGCGGGGCGGAAAAUGGCGACUUUACGGAUGAGCUCAUUGCCGCGGCUGCGGCGCUCAAGGCGCACAACUCGGUCACGGGCAAAGACGGGCUCGGGUUCGUGAUUUAUACUGUAGACGGCGCCGAGAUCAUCAGCGGUCUGCUGCCGGAGCUGAGGCGCCGCGGUGUUGUCUGCGCGCUUGGGUACGGAUCCGUGUCGAAGCCGCCGCAUCAUUCCGAGACGCCGCUCUACAUCCACAUGGCGGCAGAAAAAGACUCGCCUGCCGCGGUAUCUGUAAAGCCUAGCGUGACUGUCGCGACGUAUCCCAACGUUGAAGACUUUUUCUUUGAUCCUCGUGUCGGCACGUACAAUGCCGCCGCCGCGGCGAUUGCGCAUACGAGGAGCUUGGUGUUUCUGAGAAAGCACCUCGGCGGCCCGCAUUUCGAUCUAGAAGCGAUCUGGGAGGAGCAUACCUACUGGGAGUUUGAGAAGCGCAGUGUUGCCCAGACUAUGGCGACCAUGGUUGCCGAACCAUAUGUCAACCAUGUGCCCACUAUGACUGGAGGCAUGGGACGCGAGAAGCUCACGUCCUUUUACCGAGAUCACUUCAUCUUCUGCAAUCCUCCAGACGUGGUGCUGAAUCCCAUAUCUCGCACCGUAGGACCAGACCGCGUAGUAGACGAGUUCAUAUUUACCUGCACACACACUACUCGCAUACCGUGGCUUCUUCCCAACGUGCCGCCCACCAACGCAAAGCUCUCCGUGCCCAUGGUUGCAGUUGUCAAUGUCCGUGGCGACCGCCUCUACCACGAGCACAUAUGGUGGGACCAAGCCGGUGUGCUUCUGCAGGCUGGCAUUUUGCCCACGCAUGUCGACCGCGAGGAUGGCAGCAGGCUCAGGCUGCCCGUAGCCGGGGCCGAGGCCGCGCGACUUCUCGCCGACGAACGCGACGGCGUCAGCAAUGAAAUGAUGUCAGGGGCCGCCGAAGAGCAACAACGACGAUAA